GAUGAGAGAUUACUUCCGUCCGGGCUCUGGCCUCUCUCCGGAGCCGGCUCGCUGGGGCUCGCGAGCGGGUGCGCGGGGCUCGGGCCGCGCCUUGCCACCUGCAGCGCCCGGGCGGGCCGCGGGGGCCCUCGGCGGGACGCGCUCGGCCUGGUCGCAGGGGUUAACGCGGCGGGGGAAAUCUUUGCAGGUGGCAGUCGCGAGCGUGUCACCGCGCCCGAGCCAUGGUGGCCAAACAGCGGAUCCGGAUGGCUAACGAGAAGCACAGCAAAAACAUCACCCAGAGGGGGAACGUUGCCAAAACCCUGAGGCCACAAGAAGAGAAAUAUCCUGUGGGACCAUGGCUGUUAGCCCUCUUCGUUUUCGUGGUCUGUGGCUCAGGUUGACCUUCUAAGCACUGAUCUUUCCUGGAAGCUUCCAGAACGUUCUCAAAACUAUAAUACCCGGAGAGACUCACUCCCCUGGGGCUGACCAGUGGGAUGUUUGCAGAAGCAGACCACCCCAGAGGAAAGCCCAAGGCCGUUCAUCUACGCUGAGUUCCUUCCUCGGGAUCUGAGAUGCACCGUCUGCAGAAGUCGGCUCCUCAGCCACCAGCUCCCUCAAGGUGACCUGCAGCCUCCUUUGUAAUGCGCCACCCUCUGCCCUGAGCCUCCUGGAGCAUUUGGGGUUCUGUGUGGUCUCCUUCUCAGAAGAGUCUUUCUGCUUUCUUAACAUGGAUAGAAGGCAUCGCUUUCUUUGCUACUAAUAUCUGUCUCUUUACCACACCUGCCUGCCCCCUCCUAUCGCGGGCAUCUCUCUUUUUCCCCUCUUCUCCAGGUCCGGAUGCCACCUAGAAACACCACCAAAAAAGUGGCAGCUUGCCUUUGACCUUCUUGGUGCUGAUUGUUUUAGAGAGCUUAAUGAUCUACUUCUGCGCUAUCUUGUCUCCUAACAUUUCUACUUCUCUCUCAAGGGGCCCACGUUUUCUCUUUUAGACUCGCUUUUUCACUUUUUUUAAUGAAAAAUAAUCAAAGUUGUUUGAUUUCUAGGGCUGUCUUCUCCCCCUAGAAGAGGCUGAUCCUCUGGCUUGUCUUAUUCUCGCUUCUCAGAAACUCCCUGGAUCUCUCUUAUCGUCAACUAUUUGGUUUCAAUGAAACUGGCUUUGUGCAGCGUCCUGUUCUCUGGCAGUGUUCCAGCUCCCAGUGUCCUGUGGGGUCCACUUGUGUCAUCGUAGUGUCCUUUUGGCACACCCCCUUAGCUGGGGUGGGUCAGUCCUCAGGGUCAGAGUUGGUUGGGAUACCACAGCUUCAGUUUUUUUUUUUUUUUAAAGAUUUAUUUAUUUAUUUUAAAGUCAGAGUUACACAGAGAGAGAGGCAGAGGCAGAGAGAGAGAGAGAGAGGUCUUCUAUCCGCUGAUUCACUCCCCAAUUUCCUGCAACAACCGGAGCCAAGCUGAUCCAAAGCCAGGAGGCAGGAGCUUCUUCCAGGUCUCCCACAUGGGUGCAGGGGCCCAAGGACUUGGGCCAUCUUCUACUGCUUUCCCAGGCCACAGCAAAGAGCUGGACCGGAAGAGGAGCAGCCAGGACUCUAACUGGUACUCAUAAGGGAUGCCAGCACUGCAGGUGGCGACUUUACUUGCUAUGCCACAGCACUGGCCCCCAUCCUCAGCCCUUUGCGAAUUUAUGCCCUGUCAUGAUUUGACUUCUCCUCAGGAGACUGAACUCUUGGGACACUUGGACUUAAAAAAGCCAUUGGAUGCCGACUCUUUGAGUUUGCAAAGUAAUCAUUGGAGAUUUUUAAAAUUUAUCUUUCUCUGUGCUCUUUGCAAGUAUUUGUCUUUCAUUCAUUCAGUACAAUAUGGAUGGAUCUACUUAGCUUGACAGAUUGUGCACACAUGAUCCCUUGCUCUCUUGAAAUCUAGUGGAAAAGAAAGAUGAGCUAAUCAACUAGUCAUGCUGAACCAUGAAAAUUUCAGCCAGUAAAGUAUUUGAAGAAGAGGCACAUAGGGCUAUGAAGGCUUGUUACGCGAAGAGCUGGUUGACACUUGGGUAAGUGGUUGUGAAAGUGUGGCCCCUGGAGCAGCAGCCUCAACAUCCCUGUUGACUUGUUAGGAAGGUGACUUGUUAGAUCCUCGGUCCCCUCCCAGGCCUGGAUUAGCAAUGCUGGUGGUGGGGCCAGGCGUCUGUGUUUUACCACGUCCCCAGGAGAUGGUGAUGCAUGCUCAAUUUUGGGAACCUUGCUCCAGGGGACCAAAGAAGCUUCUCUGAAGACAUAACUUAAGCAGUAGGGUAAGGUAGAGGAAAUAUUCCACACAGAAAGAAUGGCAUGUGCCAAAAGCCUGUAAUAAGAGCCAGAAGCUUUUGAAACCAUGAGGGGAGUAUCUGGACAGAUGGCCCAAGUAUGCAGGUCAUGGAAGCCUCAUCAAGGAUUGGACAAUAGGAAGCUUUUGGUGUGCUUUAAACACAGGGUGACACCAUAUUAUUUGCUAUUAUUUAAAGGGUCAUUGUAGCUAAAGUAUGGAGAAAAGGUUGAAGAAGAGUAAGUCUAGAUGCGUUAGAGAUCAUCACAGGGGUUGGGGGAUGGAUAAUGUAGCUUGGACUGGGGGGUUUCCAGGAGAUAGAGUGAAGGGUGCAUAACCCCAAGGCUCUUAGAGUAAAUCCACAAGUUUGGGUCAUCGGCUGAAAAUGCCCAGGAUGACUGCUGUUUGGGGUCUACAUACAAGACAGAAGACAGGAUGCCAAUUUUGGUAGUGGGGAGAGAUCGUGAGACAGUGCUGUUGAGUUUGAGAUGCUUUUGAGCCCCUUGAGUAUAGGUGGCAAUUAGAUGGCACAAGGUGUGCAUGCAGAGCUCAAGGAAGUCAGGCUAGAGACGCACAUUUGUGCGUUAUCAACAGCUGAGUGGCCACUGAAACUGUGGGCCGGGACCAGCCACCUCGGGAGAAAGAUCGGAGUGGAAAGAAGGAAGCCAGCAGUGCUCCCGGAGGAGCGGUGGCGGAGGCUGAUCCCAUGAACCAAGCUGAGAGGGAAGAGCCAAAGAGAAGGAGGAAUGCUAGGAACCAGGAGACCGGUGUCUCAGCGGCCAAAGGAAAGGAGGGUUUCUUGAGCGGGGAGUAAGACAAGAGGAGGCAGGACGGGCGUGGAGUGAUAGGAGGUCACUUGUGACUUUAGCUGAAGGUAUUUCAGCAGUGUGGAGCCAGUAGACACAGCAUAGGUGGUUUCAGGUGGGAAUGGAAGGUAAGGAAUUGGAGGAAGUGCGUAUAGACAGCUCUUAGAAGGGGCUGCUAGGAGGUGUGGAGUUAGGCAGAGGGUUCUGGUAUGUUUGUUUCUGGGACGGCAGUGACUCUAGCAUGCUACAGCCUCAAGACUUAGUGGAAAGGCGAAGGUUGAGGAGGAAAGAGCAGUGGUCAGCCAAGGCGGCCAAGGCCAGGAUCUUAAACACGGGUGGGAGGGUGCGGAGGCUUGUUGAUGCGGUGGCUCCUGCUGUGGCUGGGAGUUUUCUGAACCACGGAGCGUGCCCGGGGCCUGAUCCUCAACUUGACGUGCCUGCCGCCCUCCCUUUUUCUGGCAUCUCUCCUCCCUGCUGUCUCGCCUGCCCUCCGCCCGGCUCCUGCAGCCGGCUGGGCUGUUUUCUCAGCUUUGUUCACCCACUGUUAAGUUAUUAACUUGUCAGGCUCUAGACUCCCUGCUUCCUUUCCCUCUUUGAACUCAAUUGUUAGCCCCUUCCUGUUCGUCGCCUCUGAAAGUCAGCAUUUGGAAGGCCCAGGGUUAUUCUGCAGGUCAGUGUGGGCAGACUCACAGAGUUACAAUGAAUAUGCUUGGUGUAGAACAUGGACAGCUGCUUAAAGACGUUGAUACAACUGACAAGGAAGUCUUAAACACAACCAGAUCUCGGUUAUCUUAGAUGGAGAAGUAAAUGGUGAACUUAAAAGAGGCUUUAUUCAGAGACAUUUCUCCAACGGUGUUCAGUUUUAAAGAAUCAUCUUUAAACAUAUAAGGACUAUCGGAGUUUUACAUAUUAAUUCAUGGAUUCAAUUAAGAUCAGGAAUGACCUUUAAUUAGUUACUAAAACAGACUCAAACAAACUAGGUAAGUUGUUUUACUGUGGGUGUUGCUACUCUGAGACAUGCAUAUUUUCUCUGAGCGUCGUUAAAGAAAUUUGCAGUUCUUUAAAAAGAAUUGAGUGCUUUUAUCAUGACCUAGAACGUUGAACACAUUCAUUGAUAUGAUGGACCAAGACACAGACUUUCUUAUUCACUAAGUCACAUCUGUUCACAUGCUCUUCUCCAGGGAUAAGAUGAAGACAGAAGUAACAGUCUUGAACAUUCAUUAUAAACUGAGCUCUUAUGUACAUCACCACCAUGCUUAUUCUUCGCAGUCCUCAAAGGUGUUUGCCAUAUGCAAUUUUGCAAAUAGAGAGCAAGCUCUGAACUGUGCAGUGUCUUUCCAAAGUCCCCAUUACAAAGAGCAGAUGCUAGCAAAGGGCUGAUCUUCACGUUCAGACAUAACAAAGCAGUAGGCGCUGUGAUACUAACAGAAACACAGACCGAUAGCCUCUCAUCUGAAAAUCCAAAACCCAAAAUGCUCCAAAAGCGUUUUGUGUGCCCACAGGAUGCCACAAUUAUAUGUUCCACACCUGACCUCACGUGACAGGUCACAGUCAAAACACAAGUGCACUCAAAAUAUUGUAUUUUCAGGCUACGUGCAUCAGGUAUAUAUGACACAUAAAUGAUUUUGUGUUUAGACUCGGGCCCCAUCCCUAAGACAUCUCAGUAUGUAUACACAAAUAUUCCAAAAUCACAAAAAAAGUCUGAAAUCUGAAGCACUUCUGGUCCCAAACAUUUUGGACAAGGAGUACUCUGCCUGUAGUAAUGACAGCAAUACUUGCUACCAUGCAUUGCAUCCUCAAGGCAUGAUUACAUCCUGUCAUUCAAUGCCUAUGGUAACCCUUCAGAUACCAUGGUCCUCACCUACAGAAGACAAAACCACCUCAAAGAGGUUAGCUUAUUUGGCCAGUCCAACAGCUGUUCAGUGGCUGUGAUUCAACUCAGUCCCACCUGACCCUAACUUUCUGCUCUCAACUCGUUUGUGAUGAUUACAGAUGGUCCCUGAUCCCAAGAACAGAGUCUGAGACAUGGUAGAUGUCAACAUUUUUGUCCUAAUGAUGUUGAAUAUACAGCUGCCUCCUGGCGUUCCUACUGAACUGGAACACAAAAUGUACGUUUAAUUCUUACCUCUCAUCCUCCUCGGUAGAGGAGGAUAGAAGCAUCAGUUACUCCUUUGAGCUUAUACAUUUUGGUAGGGUGUUUUUCCAUCCAUUUAGCAACUUUCCUUGUCAAGGCCUGCCCAGGAACCCCAAAUUAUCCAAGAACUCCCUUCAGCACAGCCAAAAGGAAAUUUCACAAGUCGUGGAAGUAAUAACUCCUUCUCUGUGUCAGAAUUCCCAUGGCACGGGUGGACUCUGAUGUCACACACCAUUCUAGCAGGCUUUGUCUUCAGUUUAGUGCACAGCUACAAAAGCAAUAAAAAGGGGCUUACUGCAGAUCAGUGUAGCAACACCAGAGAUGUGACCAGGAAUGAGACAAGGAGAAAAAGUAAAAAAGAUGAGCAGGAAUGAGAGCCCCAAAGUACAGCCAAGCAGAACGCAUUGGGUGCCAAACACUGUGUAUCGUCCUCAAAAGUAUCACAGGAGAAUCUCCCUGAUGACUGUUGUUCAUGAGGGUGACCCUGAGUACUCAAGAAAACCUAACACCCAUAUCGUGUUUCACAUCUCCAGGUUAAUAACGUAGUGACAGCAUGUACAGCUUAUUUUUAGAAAAAAGGAGAGAAACUAAGAAAAUGCCUUAGUCCAUUGUCCUUAAGCUCCAGCUACCCGAGAAAGACUCUCAAGGGAACCACUCUGUGAUUUCUCUUUGUAUCCCUAAAGUAUAAUACCUGGCACAGAGUACAGGUUGAGCCUUCCUCUUUGGGAAAUCAGAACUGCUCUAAACUCCAAAACUUGGUGAAGAAAGAUGUGCCAGAGUGGGGAAGUCUACACCAUGAAACGUUGUGUCAUGCACAGACUUAAUUUAAAAUAUCAUACAGUCACCUUCAAGUGAUCUGUAGAAGGCGUAGAUAUAUCAUAAAUGAGUUUCCUAUUUUAGACUUGUGUCCUAGCCUCCAAAUAUCUCAUUAUGUAUAUGUAUUCAAAUAUUCUGGAAUGUGAAGUCCAGAACACUUGUGGCUGCAAAGCAUGUUGGGUAAGGGCUGCUGUGCCUGCGUCAUGUAUCAGCUCAAUACCAAUGGCUGCUGAAAUGUCAGAAGACUUGUUUCCUGAGAUGACUGUGAGCACUGAGGAGGUUGUGUUCCUGGAGAUACUCCAGGAUGGCUUUAUGAAGGAGAGAAGGGGUUUCUUCUUGUUUUUA